ACAAUCAACAAAUUGGAGAAUGAGCUGAGAACCACGAAGAGUGAAAUGGCUCGGUACUUGAAGGAAUACCAAGACCUGCUCAAUGUGAAAAUGGCCCUGGAUAUAGAAAUUGCAGCAUAUAGGAAACUGCUGGAAGGUGAAGAGACCCGACUCAGUUUCACUAGUGUUGGGAGCAUCACCAGUGGCUACACCCAGGCUGCCCCGACUUUUGGCAGGUCUGCCUACAGUGGUCUCCAGUCCAGCUCCUACUUGAUGACAACCCGUUCCUUCCCCACGUACUACUCCAGUCAUGUCCAGGAAGAGCAGAUUGAAAUAGAAGAAACGAUUGAGGCUGCUAAAGCAGGAGAAGCCAAGGCAGCCCCUGCAGAAGAAGGUGAGGAGGAAGAGAAAGAGGAAGGUGAGGAAGAAGCAGGAGGUGAAGAGGCUGAAGAAGAGGAGGAAGGUGCUAAGGAAGAAUCUGAAGAAGCUAAAGAGGGUGAGGAAGAGGAAGGAGAAGGGGAAGAAACAGCAGCUGAAGAAGGAGAGGAGUCUCAGGAAACUGCUGAGGAAACUGGUGAGGAGGAGAAGGAAGAGAAGGAAGAGAAAGAAGAGAAAGAAGCAGCAGGAAAGGAAGAGAGUGAAGUGAAAAAGAAGGCUUGAUUUUUAGGCAGUAUAGCUUUCUCAUCAGAUCAACAGAAUAAAUGAUGAUUGACUGAGCUAAAAUUGCAGUCUCACAUAUUUAAUUCAGUGACCACUGAGGUUUAAAGUUAAUGAUCUAUGAUGUUUCUCUCUGUGCAGAGUAUCAGUAUGCUUGCAGAGCACCCACUGGCUUGCUCCCUGAAUGCCGCAUGGUCUACACGUAUGAAUUCAGGGAUUAUGUCUUUCUUGGGUGAUUCAGAACAUUAAAAUUUAAAAUGGGGGGAAAAAAAAAUAAGUCAUGGGAAUGAAAGUUAUCUUUAACUUGCAUUUAAAAUAAUUAUGGAAACCUUGGGUGGGUAAAAUAACGGAGGCUUCAAUAAGUAUGUGCAAUAAAGCUAGUCAAUAAAGUUACAGAAAUGCUUACACAGA